CCCACUACACAACUUCGUUAAUAAAUUUUUAAUUUGAUCUAAGUUAUUUUGCAAUCGGCUGCGGAAUAGGUUGAAAGAGCUGUUCGGAACGGAAUUGCGACAAUUGAAAAUAAGUGCGUAAAUUAGCGGCUCCGAGUCGUUCGUUGUGUUUACAAUUCACCUUCAUUGUUUGAGUGGGCGAUACAGGAACACCAACUAUAAUUUCGACUACAAGUAAAAUUAAGGAGAUUCAGAAUUUUACGUAUUGUGCAAUAAUUUUCGUAAAUGUUUGGACGGUGUAAUUUUGCGGCAUUUAAUAAAUAUCGAAUUUUGUAUGAAUCUGUGUACAAGAAAACAUUUGGAACGCACACUUUUCUAGCUGCAGCAUCAGCCACCAGAACCAAAAGUGAUCAGCAGAGCCUAUUAAUUUUGCCUCAACUUAAAAGCUCCAAUCAAUCGCCAUUUCACACCACUACUGUGCAAUAUUUGCGCCAAAACAUGUCAUCCGAUGCGAAAUUCAAAUUGACUGAAGUCGAAGGUGAUCUCUUCAGCGCACCAAAAUCACACUCACUGGCGCAUUGCGUUGGCGCCGACUUUGCCAUGGGUGCCGGAAUUGCGGUAAAGUUCAAACAAAUCUACGCGCAAGUGGACAAGCUAUUGGGUCAGGGCGUAACGUCAGGCGGUGUAGCCGUGUUACAAGACGAAGAUCGGUACAUAUAUUAUCUGGUGACAAAGCCGCAAAGUUGGGGUAGUCCCACAUAUGAUAGCCUACGUUCGUCGUUGACUGCUAUGCGGGAGCAUAUGCGAGAAAACCACGUAAAACAAUUGGCUAUACCUCGCAUUGGCUGCGGCAUUGAUGGACUAGAAUGGGAUAAAGUUAGCAACGAAUUGGGUAACGUAUUUGGUGGUGAGGAGCUUGAAAUUGUUGUAUACAAUUUUGUGCCUAAGUAAGGCAAAUGCCAAAGUAAAUUCAGCGAUGUGCUUGCAAGCAGAGAUGAUUUGUUAAUUAACUUUAAGCAUUACUAGAAAAUGUGUACAUGUACAUGAAUAUGUAUGUGGGUGAAUCCAUAUUUUUUUGGAGCAAACAAAGGACUUAAUAAAUAUUUCAAAUAUAUAUGUACCUAUA